AUGUAACUAACUUAGAUGUUUACAAAGAAAACUGAGAAAGAUAGAGACACCACUGAAUGCAAUUUUAGCAGGUUCAAGCCUGUUUUAGCUUUAGAUGAUUCAAACCGAAGGCGUACGCUUGCACUGUAUCUUCUUGCUAGAGUAGCUCAGUGUGCUUACAAUUCUGCAAAGGGGAAAAAUAAGUUUCACUUAUGGGGAAGCCAUUGGAACCAUGGUGAUUCUCUGCUUUUUGCUUUAGCAUGUGCCCAGGUUAUGUACGCAUUCGAGAUGCGUCCUGAAAGCUUGUCACAGUCAUAUCAAGAUUUUAUUCAUUGUAGACACACAUUUUC